AUGCCGUCUGUCUCCUCCUACACCAGUGCCAUGAAUGAUGAGGAUAUAAGCUUGUACUUGCCAUUACACAGAGCUGCACUGAGAGGUGACUGGGAGAGCGCCGAAAGAUUCUUCUCCCAACAUAAUAAUGAAAAUGCAUUCACAGCGAUAAUCACAUAUAAUGGAGGGACAGCACUUCAUGUAGCAGUGGCGACCAGAAAAGCACAUCAUUUUUUGGAGAAUGUGGUGCAAAGAAUACCAACGGAGGCACUUGUCAUAAAAAAUUAUCUUGGCAAGACGGCCCUUCACGUCGCUGCACAGGUUGGCAACACUGAGGCUGCCAUAAUAUUGGUGGAGAAUAACCGAGCUGCGCUUCUUAUUAGGAACAACGCUAAACACUUUCCAGUCCACCAUGCUGCUCUAUAUGAGCAAAAGGAUACACUUGCAUAUUUGAUAAGCGAGACCAAGAACAUCCUUGUAGGGGAUGACUUUGCAAAUCAAUGUGGGGUUUUCCUUCUCAUUUAUGUAAUUGAAUCUGAAUUCAUUGGUGAGUACUGA